AUGACUGAGUUCAUGAAGAACACUAUGAGAGAUUCCUUAUUCUCCCUGCUCAGCACUCUUCUCUACCUCUACUUCGCUCUAACAAACUUAGUGAUCAUUAGUGUCUCUUCUUAUACUCCAGAAGAAAUCCUCCUCAACUGCGGCUCCCCUCUCAAGUCGAUUCAGUCACAAGAUGGCCGAAACUGGACUGGCGACGUUGGCUCUAAUUUUGCACCCAUGGACCGUUUCAACUUGUCAACAACAUCUACAGCUUCACAGCAAGACUCCUCCGUGCCCCAAAUCCCUUACAUGACAGCUCGUGUCUUUCAUUCACCAUUUGUCUACACAUUCCUGGUCCAACCCGGUCCAAAAUUCAUUCGCCUCUACUUCUACCCAGCUUCAUAUUCCGGUCUUGACAAAACCAACGCCUUCUUUGACGUCUACGCUGGUUCUUACACUCUCCUUCGUAACUUCAGCGCCUUCCUCACUGCAGACACUCUGAAACAAGCCUCCUUUGUCAAAGAAUUUUGUGUAAACACAGAGAACUCCAGUCUAUUAGAUAUCACAUUUUCCCCAACUCCCAAUGCUUUCGAGACAUAUGGAUUUGUGAAUGGAAUCGAGAUAGUUUCUAUGCCCGCCGGCUUGUAUAUCGAAGGGGAUGAUGUCUCUCUUCCUCUUGUGGGUCAGAAGAACUCAUUUUCCAUUGCUAAGAUGACUGCUUUUGAGACGGUACACCGAUUAAACGUUGGUGGAAGUGAUAUUUCACCUCAAAAUGAUACGGGCCUGUAUCGUUCCUGGUAUGACGACACUGAUUACAUACUUGGCAGUGAGAAGGGUGUCCUUCCCUCUAAUAUGACCAUCCAGAUCCACUACCCACCAUCAGUUCCUAACUACACAGCGCCUGAUUCCGUCUACCGUAGCGCUCGUACGAUGGGCAUGGACAGAUCCCAUAAUGUUAAAUACAAUCUAACUUGGCAUUUUAUCGUCGAUUCGGGUUUCUACUACCUUUUCAGGCUCCAUUUCUGCGAAUUCCAGUUUGAGAUAACAAUGCAAGGUCAGAGGCUGUUUAGCAUCCUUAUUGGGAACCAGACGGCAGAAAAAGAAGCGGAUGUGAUCAUGUGGAGCAGCGGGAAUGGGAUUCCUGUGUUCAAAGAUUAUGUUGUGAUCGUAACACGGAAGGACGAGGAAAAGCAAGAUCUGUGGCUCCAGCUACACCCUAACGUCGAAGAAAACCCUAUGUAUAUGGAUGCAAUCUUAAAUGGGCUCGAGAUCUUCAAAUUGAGCAACAAUAGAGAUCUAACUAGAUUGAAUCCUAACUAUACGCCAAACAGCGUUGCUUCGCCUGGCAGCAGGUCUUCACGGCGGUCUCACCACUUUCACAUUUGGUUCACUGUUGCCGUAGGCGUAGUGGUGGUUGUAUUCGUGCUCUCGUUUCUAUCCUUGUUUGUCUUCCGACGCCGACGGGAAAAGAUAAACACUUCGCCCUUGCAAUACGAUUUCUGCCGUCACUUCUCGUUGGUAGAUAWCAAAGCGGCCACAAAUGACUUCGAUGAGGCACGGCGGAUUGGUGUAGGUGGCUUUGGCAACGUCUACAGAGGAUAUAUUGACGGUGGAGCCACCACAGUUGCAAUCAAGCGUGCAAGUCCAACAUCCAAACAGGGGCCUCGGGAGUUCCAAACGGAGAUCGAGAUGCUGUCAAAGCUACGUCAUCUUCAUCUCGUAUCACUGAUCGGGUAUUGUAGGGAGGACAGAGAGUUGAUUUUGGUCUAUGAUUAUUUGGCCCAUGGUACUCUUCGUGAUCAUUUGUACAAGAAAAACAAACCUCAUCCUUUCCCGUGGAAGCAAAGACUUUCUAUCUGCAUUGGAGCAGCCCGUGGAUUACACUACCUCCAUUCUGGAACGAAGUACACAAUCAUUCAUCGGGACGUGAAGACAACCAACAUAUUGUUAGAUGAGAAAUGGGUAGCCAAAGUUUCGGAUUUUGGACUGUCCAAGUUGGGGCCCAGUAGUCAGUCCCAAUCUCACGUUAGCACAGGAGUCAAGGGUAGUUUCGGGUAUUUGGAUCCUGAGUACUGCCGACGACAACAACUAACCGAGAAAUCAGACGUGUAUUCAUUUGGGGUGGUGUUGUUCGAAGUACUAUGUGCUAGGCCCGCCCUGGACCAUAACCUUGCGGACGAAGAGGUUUCGUUGGCCCACUGGGCUAUAAAGUGCCAGCGCAACGGAACUCUGGAUCAAAUCAUCGAUCCUUAUUUAAAGGAUAAGAUCGCACCUGAGUGUUUGUUAACAUUCACUGCGAUUGCUGAGAAAUGCUUGGCUGACAAUGGAAUUGAGCGGCCAAACAUGGGUGAUGUAUUGUGGAACCUUGAAUUUGCACUGCAGCAGCAGGAGAAUGCCGAGAAUAUCAACGAUUGUGGUGGUGUGUGUAAUGAUAGAGAUAGGUUGAAGAAGAGUCAUGGACGGGGCAACUUGACUAGUGAAUCUGGUGGGAUGAUGUCGUUCUCCGAAAUUGAGAACUAUGAAGGGCGAUGA